UUCGAUCUACCAACGACAUUCACUUUACAAUGACGGGACGGCGAAGACCUGCAACUCGCUCUUCGAAGACCCCUUCAUCCACAGCGGACAAUGGCGCCCCUGAAAGUUCUGAUGUAUCCCCGACAUCUGAAGCAGAUACACAGCGACAGCCUGGAACGUUGGAGAUUGUACUUCCCAGUACAACAACAGGACGACUGGGUUCAUUGAGAGCUCCACGCGAGCUAUCUGUUCCUAUUGCUGGAGGGGCAAAUCCUACGCCAAGGCCAAAGUUCGCACCAACUGUUCCAGCCAGAAGAAAGAAGGCAGAUCCUACUCCAGAGCAACCUCAAAGAGAUGAAAGAUCUCACCGCCAACCUGGGAGCGACACUCGGAAACCACGAGGACAAUCACGGCGACAAGAGCUAACCUUGACAGCGUCGGGUCCUUUUGCCUUUGGUCCUGCUCAACGAGGGGUAAUUGCAACCCCCGGUCGAGCCUCCGCAGCUGAAGCAAAUCUCAACAAGGUGGAAUAUGCUCAUCAACGGAGUGAGCGCAAAGAUGAAGCAGAGGACGACGGAUCAUUUGAUCCAGAUGAUGUGUGGGCCCCUGUUACGAUGGGUGGGCCGAAACAUGUAAAGAUGGAAAGACUGAAGCGGGAACGACAGCGAGUACGGGAUGCAAGACGACGGCCCUCCGUAUCGGUCAAGAUAGAGGAGGGCACGGACAACCAAAUGAUACCGCCACCAGCACCGGUUGACGUUGAUGUGAGCGCAGAUAUAGAUGUGGAUGCGAUGGAUGUUGAAGAAAAACCCAAAAUGGGACCUCCUGCGGAAUUCGUCCAACCCGAGGAAAAUCAAAUGCUGUUCUUUCAAUUCCCCUCAAUUCUCCCGAAAUUCGACGCUUUGGGCGUAGAAGUGGUCGAAGCACAGGUCUCCACAGACUCACGGCCUGUGCACGUAAAGGCAGACCCAAAGAUAAAAACCGAUCCAGAUGCGGCGCAAAAGUCAGUUGGUCCCGAUGGUAGAGUGGGCAAACUGGUGCUAUAUCGAUCGGGCAAGAUGAAGCUAAAAAUGGGCAAUAUCAUGUUUGACGUUACGCCAGGGCCUGAGACGAGCUUCUUGCAAAACGUGGUCGCGGUUGACGCGGAGAAACCGGCUUGUUAUAUCCUUGGCGAUGUAUCGAAGAGAUUUGUUUGCUCGCCAGAUAUUGAGUCGCUACUGCUGGACAGAGUACCAUAGCUGCUAAUUGUAGUGGGAGUCAUGGCAUUUGACUUGUAUGCGGGAUGCGGCACAUAGUGUAUAGAGCAUUAGAGUUGCAUAAUCUUAUUCAUAUGACGGGGGAGUGUGCUCUCGAGUCGGUAUAACCUUUCAAAAUGGCCUAUGAGAUAUCAAGCGAUAUUAUCCAAUGCCAAUUUACUCUAUCGAAAAUACAAAGAAACUCUUGUCUACACCGAUAACCGA